CCUUGUUUUGUGUGCCUCUCCAUCACAAAGCAGCAAGGAUACUGCUUGUUCCUCAUCCAGCUAGCACUGAAACAUGUCCCCAAAGAAAGCAAAGAAGAGAGCAGACGGGGCCAGCUCCAAUGUGUUCUCCAUCUUUGAACAGUCCCAGAUCCAGGAGUUCAAAGAAGCUUUUACGAUCAUGGACCAAAACAGAGAUGGUUUCAUCGACAAGAAUGACCUGAGAGACACUUUUGCAGCUUUGGGCCGUUUAAAUGUCAAGCAAGAAGAGCUUGAUGAGAUGGUGAAAGAGGCACCAGGGCCGAUUAAUUUCACAGUCUUUCUCACCAUGUUUGGAGAGAAACUAAAAGGCGCUGACCCAGAGGAGACCAUCCUGAAUGCUUUCAAAGUCUUUGAUCCUGAGGGGAAAGGAACAUUAAAGAAAGACUUUAUGACAGAGAUGUUGACGACCCAGGCAGACAGGUUCUCCCCUGAAGAGAUGGAACAGAUGUUUGCGGCAUUCCCACCAGAUGUGGCAGGAAACCUAGACUACAAGAACCUGGUCCACAUCAUCACGCACGGUGAAGAGAAAGACCAAGAAUAGAUUCCUGACUUUGCCCUCUGGACAUUUGAACCAAUGGGUCAUGUUUGUGCUGAGAUAUGUGCAUAAUCACACAGACUACAGCAUAUAAUAUUUAUAUUCAUAUAGAGCUAAAAAUAACUGUUUCACAUUGCAUUCAAUGUUUUGAGUUACAAAAUUGUGUAUUUAUGCAUUAAUUAAGUAUUAAUUGAAUUAUUACAGUAUGUAUAGGUAUGUCUAUUAUUACACUGUACAUGUAAGAGGUAAAAUUAAAAGUUUAUGUGACAGAAGUGUU